AUGUUGCGAUUCGCCUGCUCGCAACUUGUCGUCGAGCGAACGGAUCCGCUCGUCAACCCUGGAAUGAAAUACACUCCCCAUCUGCAUCAGAUUGUUGGUGGCAACAGCUUCAACGUUUCCAUGGACCCCAACAAUGAUCCCGCCAAGCUCUCCACCUGCACGUCAUGCUCCUUCGUCCAGGACAAGUCCAACUACUGGACAGCUGUUAUGUUCUUCCACCACAAGAACGGAUCGUACAUCCGUGUCCCCCAGACUGGAAACGGCGGUCCCCAGGGCAAGCUCAUCAACAAAGGCGGUCUUGACGUCUACUACAUUCCCAGCGGCAAGACGACCGCUUUCAAGAAGGGCUUCCGCAUGUUGGCUGGUUCCGCGACCAACACCGAUGACAACAAGGUGUCAAAGGGCAACAUCUGUCACCGGUGCUGGACGUCUCCCAACGAGAACACCUUCGUGGGUGCUCAGCCCUGCUCUGGCACCGACACUGUUGCCAUUCCCUCGGAUCCCAAGUGCAAGAUGAUCCGCCAGACCAUUAUCUUCCCCACAUGCUGGGACGGCAAGAACCUCGACUCUCCCGACCACCAGAGCCACGUCGCAUACGGUCAAGGCUCUGGCGCUAGCGGCGGUGGUGCUUGCCCUUCGACGCAUCCCGUCAAGCUUCCCCAGGUCAUGUACGAGCUGAUGUGGAACGUGACCAACUUCUCCGACAAGAGCCAGUGGCCCACCGACGGCUCCAAGCCCUUCGUGUACUCGAUGAACCUUGGUGGCGCCGCCGCCCACGGCGACUACGUCUUUGGUUGGGAAGGCGACUCGCUCCAGAAGGCCAUGGACAACGGCUGCAACCUCAAUAACGCGUGCCCCAAGGCCGGCCUCACAACCCAGUCCGACGCCCAAUACAGCGCGUGCACCAAGCAGCAGCAAGCGCCCGAGGACGUCGACGGCUGGCUCAAGGCGCUCCCCAUGGGCGACAUGGCGAUCAAGGCAUAG